ACAUCCUGAGCCGUCAUGAAUCUCAAUUUGGACAGCGCGAAGGACACGCUCUGCAAGAACAUCCUUAUCUACGGGUACUGCAAGUUCGAGAACAAGGGAUGCGCAUUUAGUCACCACAAGCCCAAUGUUGGCCAGCCUCCUGUAUCCGCCAGUUCGUCUUCUGGUUAUUCUGGAAACAGCUCUCCUGCUGAGGCCAAACGUAAAUUCAACUUGAACACACCUUCUUUUCAACCGUCAAACGUCCAAAACAUCACCAGCAAGUUUGCAGCGUUGUCUCCCAAAGUCAAGGAGAUACCAGUAUUUGUUCCUUCUGGUGGAUCAGGAGGAGCAGCAAAUACUCCAAAUAAUGGAGCUGAUGCCAACGAGUUACUUUCCCAGAAGAAAUUCAAUGCUCUGACGCCGUCGUUUAUGCCUGCGGGCUUUGGUUCCGAGUAUCCUUCUAGUCCCAAUACUUCUGGUGCGGGACAGCCUCCUAACCCGUAUUUGACUGGAAACGGCCACCCAGCAUCUAUGGCCCAGUCUUCUGGUGCUGACGUCUACUACCAGCAACAGGCAGCUUCGUAUCCAUUGCAGUACCAUCUCUAUGCGCCAGCUCCUCCACCUCGUUUGACAAUUCCGUUGCCUCCACAUGAAACUAACGCCAAUCUGAUGUUUAUUCCAAACGAUUUACGUGAAACAUUGCAGAAGAAGAACGAAGCCACGCUCCAGACGUUGCCUCGUUCCAAUUUGCCGGAACAUAUCAACAUCUACCACUCGUUGGUUCCCAUAGACAAGAGCUACGACCCCAAGUCCAAGGUGUGGGACGUGCCUUCAUCGCUCUAUAAGGUAUUUUCCAGUGUAGAUGGCAACCCGUAUGCCUUGCGUAAAAUCGAACUCAACUUCCCCAUAAUCAACGAGGCUCCGUUCAAGACGAUCAAGAAGUGGAGAUCAGUCAAAAAUGCCAAUGUUACUCAGUUACAAGAAGCUUUCACCAGUAUGGCGUUCGGCAAGUCGUGUUUGGUGGUUGUGUACGAUUACUUCCCUAAUUCUAGUACGUUGAUCGACCACCACAAACGAAUCGGUACACGUACUGAACCCAUAACUGAAGACUUAUUAUGGAACUAUCUCGUACAAUUAGUCAACGCGUUGAUGGCCAUCCACGCCAAGGGAUUGGCUGCUAGAUCGGCGUUGGACUUGACCAAGAUCAUUGUUACCAACAAGAACAGAAUCAGAUUAUCCAACUUGGCUAUCAGCGACAUCUUAAACUUCGAGAAAGACGAAGAAGAAAUCUCCAAGUCAAACCGAUACUUCCAGGGUUUACAGAGAGAAGACAUCAAAAAAUUGGGAAGGAUUUUGUUAUCCUUGAGUACCUUGACGAUUCCGAACACUUUGAGAAACAAUGAUACUGGUGAACUCUUGCGUCACUUGAAAACUUCGUCGACCAUCAGCUUCAGUGACGAGUUUAUUCAGGUGUUGACGGUUUUGAACGAAGAUACCGUUGAGUUUGAUCUUGACAGAUUCAGCCAAAGAUACUUGACCACGAGAUUAUUCAGCACAAUAAAUAAUUUGGAAGAUUCGACCGAUUUCAUGGAGUCGCAGAUCACUACGGAGUUGGAAAACGCCCGCUUGUUCAGAUUACUUACCAAGUUAAACUUCAUCAUAGAUAGACCCGAGGCUAAGGACUGGACGGAAAACAGCAAUAAGUACAUCAUCAAGUUGUUCCGCGAUUACAUCUUUUUUCAGCACGACGAGUAUGGCAAGCCGGUAGUGGACUUGUCGCGGGUGUUGACGAACUUGAACAAGUUGGACGCUGGGAUAGACGAGAAGUUUUUGUUGGUCAGUAGAGACGAGAAGAACUGUAUAAUUGUGAGUUAUAAGGAAAUCAGGGACACUAUCGACUCGGUGUUUAGGAACCUUACAAGGGAUUAGCGAUACAUCGCAUGUACAUUACUAAUAUACGAACAGUCGUAGAGG